AUGCCACUCGAUUUGAACCCGCUCAAGAAAUCUCAAGUCAGUCAAACACCUUUCUUCUAUGUCAUUUACAUUUUUUUGGUUAAUUUGAAGACAUCCACUUCAACUGCACGAGAACAAUUCAUCGAGGCCGUCCGACGCGACCUUAGCUUCGAUCAAAAUGGUUCCAAGAUCGACAUGAACAAAUCAUCUGGCCAACUGAUUGCCAAAGUGAAUCGAUUCAAUCCUUCGAUGGAUCGGAUGAAAGGAAUGACUUUAAUCAAGAAGGGUGAAGAAGAUUGGCUUUGGGAAGUAGAAGGAGAUCCUCAAUUGAUUGAUCGUCGAUUGGGAGGAAAAGCUAAACGACCGCGCGAUAAAGCUUCUGAUGAAGAAGAUUAUCAAAUAGAAGAAGAUCAAGAAGUCGUCAAUUCUUCUCAAAUUAUUCAUUCCAUCGAAGCUCCCGACGCUGUGUUAUCCAAAGACAAUGAUACAUCUUUACCUACCAAUACCGUUAUUCGUGCCACUCGAUCUCCUAAACGGAUUCGUACUUCUGAUCCAUUAGGACUUGGAACGCUUCCUAAACUUUCGGAUGAAGCGCAAGAAAGCGGUCCAUCAAGAAACACUCGUUCUCGAGCGAGCGGCAGCUUUCGUGGUCGUGGAGCUAAGAACGGAGUCUCUCCAGCACAAUCUCGAAAAGCGAGUGGGAGCACCUCACGUGAUCCUAAGGAGAAGUCUUCUGCGGCAGCUCCGAAGGGCAAAGGGAAGGGAAAAGCUGUUGAUGGACCGGAUCAAGUAGCAGAGAUCACCGCUGGAAUAGACGGUUUCUCGGUGUUUAGUAAUCAUCAAAUCGAUGUUGAGCCUAUCAACGGAUUUAUCAUGAUGGGACCUGCACCGGAGAAAAUAACGAUGCCAACAAUGGACGCUGCCGAUUGGGCACAACCCGCCGGCCCUAAACUCAAAGUAGGAACAUGGUUAGAGGAAACCUUACACGCCGGGCCUCAAGCUCCGGUAGACGCCCCAAAGAGUCAUGCACCUUCUAGUAUCGCUGGUAUUCUUUGA